AUGUCUCAAAAUAAUACAACUCAAGCUCAUCCACAAAUGCCACCUACACAACUUAAUCAGGAAGAAAAACGUGUCUUAGCUGAAUGUGAAAAAGAAUCACUUAUGUAUCGGAGUAUACCAUUAGGUUUAAUGACAUUCUUUGCAACACAAUAUGCAAUGUCAAGAAAUAUGAUUACAACAAAAGGAAAAUGGCUUAAACUUAGUACAAGUUUAUUUGCUGGUUAUAUACUCGGAAAAAUAUCAUAUGCACCAACUUGUCGAAACAAAAUUCUUACACAAAUUCCUGAAAGUAAUUUAGCACAUGCAAUUCGUGGUGUUGAAGUUGUACAAGCAGGUGCUAAUCCAGAUGAACAUAAUAAUCAAAGAUUUAUAUCAAAACCAUCAAGAGAUCCAAGUGAAGCUGUAGUAUUUUUACCAGAUCCAGUUGAUCCAGAUACACAUACAGUUCCUGUAGGUGUUAAUCAAUAUGGUGAUCCCAUUUAUCAUACAACUAAAUGA